AUGUCAAUUAAUUUAGAUAAUGAAGAAUUAAAAAAUGAAGAUUUAGUUGCAAAUAUGAGAAAAGAUUAUAGAAUGGGAGAAUUAAAAGAAGAAGGAUUAUUAGAAUCACCAUUUAAAAUGUUUGAUAUGUGGUUAACUCAAGAGAUUGAAUUGAAAAAUGAAGGAGCAGAACCAAAUGCAUUCACAUUAGCAACAUGUUCAAUAGAAAGAAAACCAUCAGCAAGAGUUGUAUUAUUAAAACAUUUUGAUCAUCAAGGAUUUGUAUUCUAUACAAACUACAAUAGUAGAAAGAGUAAAGAGUUAUCAGAGAAUCCAUUUGCGUCAAUGACAUUCCUUUGGACACAAAAACAAGUUAGAAUUGAGGGUAGUGUUGAAAAAGUCGAUCGUUUAGAGAGUGAAAAAUAUUUUAAAUCACGUCCACGUAGUUCACAAAUUGGUGCAUGGGUAUCAGAAUUUCAAUCAUCAGAAGUAACCAAACAACAUUUAGAAGAGAAAACAAUUGAAAUGGAGAAUAAAUUCAAAGAUCAAGAAGUACCUUUACCACCAUUUUGGGGUGGUUGGAGAAUUAAACCUUAUGCUUUUGAAUUUUGGCAAGGUAAAAGUGGUAGAAUUCAUGAUAGAUUUAAAUACGUUCCAACUGAUUCAAAUAAUGAUAAUUGGAUUACAAAGAGAUUAUCUCCAUAA